GAGGGGGUGGACAUCCACGCGGGAACACGAGGCAGGCGCACCCGGCCGGCACGCGCACACACAUCCUAAGAUGUGAUUUCAAAAAUGGCGGAUUGCCCCUAUGCCCGCUGCAUACAGGAACGCAGACACAUCCGACGGGAGCUGCUGCGAUGGACAAAGAAUAUGGUCUUCGUAGUCGGUCUGGAACGGGUAGCGGAGGAGUUGAUGGGCCGUAGGAGAUGGAAGCAAUACCAGGACACCCUGUACAGCGGCACCCGCAGCAGCGAAUCAACGACGGCACAGCCCCACCAUCGGCUUUACCCGGCGUUGUCGUCGUCCUGCAACCCGAUACCCGGGGGCCUGGACCAGAUCGGGCCGCAGCUGCAUCACCCGGUAUCCUCGUCGUUGCCGGCGGCGAUAGCGUCGACGGCGCUGACGACGGCCACGACGACGACGGCGACGACCCUCGCGAGCAGCGGGGUGAAGCAGGAGAGUCUGCAGAGGCAUCACCUGCAGAACCACCACCACCAUCUGCAGCAGCAGGAGGACCUGCGCCGUCUGAGGCCGGGCGAGAUCAAGGUCGAGACCGGCGACGAGGAGCCCGCGGACGGUGUCACCGCGCGCGAGGACAUCGCCACGACGAGGACGACGGACCCGGCGACGUCCGCGACGGCAAUAGCGACGGGUGCAACGACGACGACGACGGCGACGGCGGCGACGACGACGGCGAUGACGACGACGACCGCGUCGGCGACAACGACGGCGUCCGGCACGACGACCAUCACGACGAGACGGCGACGCGGACGCCGGCAGAUCGACGGGGAGGACGUCGACGGCGAGGAGGACGGCGACGAGAACGACGAGGAGACGGGACGGGGCCAAAACGAGGCGGAGAAGCGGCUCAAGCUCGACGUGGACGCCGACAGGUCGGCGGCCAGCCCUCUCAGGACGGAAAACGAUCGUGCGAAUCAUCCGAUUGCCAACGCUACCGACACGGAAGGGACCAAGGAACGAACGGAGGAGAUCGCGUUGGAGCGGGCACCGGUAACGCAGGGCUUACUGAGGGUAAAGAAGGAGGAGGAGCUACAAGAAGUGUCGGGUUCCGGCGGCGGCACGACGAUACUGACGACGCCGGCGACGGAUUCGGAAGGGACCAGGUCGGGGCUGCUAUGCCGCGAGGGGAACGCGACGACGAGCGUCGCGACGCCGUUUCUCCUUGGAAGACGCACGAGCCCGCCGCCGGAGGACUGGAAGCCGCUCGACAAGUGUUACUUUUGCCUCGACGGCAAGCUACCCCACGACGACCAGCCGCCCCUUAGUCCGCAGAGCGACAGUGGCAGCAGCUCGCGAUCGGCGGAAUCACCGAUGUCGGUCCAGGUGGAUCCGAUGGCGGCGUCCGUGGUCGCCGCCGCUCUCAGCGGCACUUACCCCACCCUGCUGCCCCAAUGGUGCUUACCGCCGAGGGAGGCGCCCCUCGUUGGGGUGCAGACCCACCAGGACAGCGCCGCGGUGGCCGAUCAACCGCUCGAUCUCUCGGCCAAACCCAGAAAUUCUCAGGACAACAACAUAUCCCUACUAGAGCAACAGAAAAUACCUCUGAGAAUGCCGACAGGCAUCGAUCCCAAGACUAUUCUCAACUCGUGUUACCGCGCGAAACCGCGAAUGACCGGACCGGUUGCGGCCGCGGCGGCAGCGGCAGCGGCAGCUGCGGCAGGCGUCGGUGGUGUUCCAGUGGUGGGUGCCGGGGGCGGCAGGAGGACUUACACCGAGGAGGAGCUGCAGGCUGCCCUUAGGGACAUCCAGAGCGGCAAGCUCGGCACGCGGAGGGCCGCGGUGAUCUACGGGAUACCACGUAGCACGCUGCGCAACAAGGUCUACAAGCUCGCGAUGGAACGCGAAAGGGACGCGUCCCUGACUAGCACCCAUUCACACCCUCACGAGCCCGGCGCCCCAGCCACCACCACCACCACCAUCACCAUCACCACCACCACCACUACUACUACUACUACUACUACUACUACAACACCACCAAAUACGACCCAAAACGCCUCCGCGACCACUCCGCCCCCGCAAGUGGACGAGGUGGACGACAAAGAAUUAUCCGGCGCGGAAGAGGAGAAGGAAGUCGAGAAGGCCCUGUUGAAGCCUCUGCUCUCGUUGGAGGAUCUCGUCAGGUUCUCCGCGUUCGAAGGGACCGGUGGUGAUUCCCUCAGGAACCUGUUACAACGGGGACACGAGACAGGAACUGAAUGGCCGGGAUUGGAACACGCCAACAUCGGUCCUUACAUUCAGAAGAUGUUGGCUGCCGCUGUGCCAUUAGGACUGGACACGCGAGAUUAUCGCAUACCGGAAGUGGUGAGAAAGCUGAUGAGCGAAGAUAAGAGGCUGAACAAGAACGUGAACGGCGAUCAGUCGCAGUCGCAUCAUCAACACCUUCACCAUCCCCUAGCUGCGCAUCAGCAGACGCAGUCGCAACAGCAACGCGUACCCAUGACGAACGACGACUUCAAUCCCAACAUCGAGGAGGAGGCCAGCGACAGCGCUCAGGGCAGAGCGAUACUGAAGAUUCCGUCCUACAAGCCCGCCAGCACGCCGGGCUGUUCCAGCAAGAACGGCGAGCCGACUUCCGCCGCGUUCGCCCAGGGUUUCGCGGCUGCCGCCUCGAGUCCGGGCCUUCUGGAGCGAGCUAGCCCAGCGUUCUCCGGCACCAGCAGCCCAACGAAUUCGCUGGUGGGCAAAGCGGUGGCCGUCAACUUCCGCGACGUCAUCGCCAAGAGCAUCAGCGUCAAGUUUCAGGAGGGCCAAACGCCCGGCGCGGCCGGUUUGCCGGGUUGCCAAUCGGCCGGUGUCGUUUCGUCGCAGCAGGCCAUGAUGACGGAUCCGAGUCCGUUCAAGAGGGGUCGUUACACACCCCCGCAACCGCCGCAGCAGCAACAACCGCCAUCAUCGCAGCAGCAGCAAGCCAAGCAGCAGUCGCAAGACGCGAACAAGUCGAAGCAGAGUACCGGUGGCAAGGGUACCAGACCGAAACGCGGCAAGUACAGAAACUACGACAGGGAUAGCCUCGUUGAGGCAGUACGCGCGGUACAGCGCGGUGAGAUGAGUGUGCAUCGUGCUGGCAGCUUUUACGGAGUUCCGCACUCCACCCUUGAGUACAAAGUCAAGGAGCGGCAUCUCAUGAGGCCGCGAAAGAGGGACCAGAAGCAACCGGACGACAAAUCGAAGGAGACCACGACGACGGCAGCGGCAGCGGCGGCCGCGGCAAUGCGGCCAGGCGCUGCCGGCGUCGACAAAAAACCGCAACUGAAACCGCAGCAGAAACCAUUUACGCCGCCGGGCGGCAUACCCGGUCCGAACGGAUUGAAAAUGCCUCCGUUUAUGGAAGGCAUGCCUCACUUGCCGUUCGCGCCUUUCAACUUUUGGAAUCCGGGACCCUUCAUGCCCUCGCCCUUCAUGGGUGGCGCACCAAACGUGCCGAUUCUGCCGGAACAAUACUUUGCGGCGUCGCAGAGGAUGCGCGGACUGCAGGAGCAACAACGAAACGCGGCGAUGGUACAACAGCAGCAUCAGCAACGAGAUCGAGACGGCGGCGUUGGCGUAUCCGGAACGUCAGACGCAGCCGGGACUUCGAACUCACGAAGCGCAUCGAUAGCGAAGGCGCCGCGGGACAUGGUGGAGAGCAUCUACGACGGGUCCGGGGCGAACGGCAGUUUCUUGGACAAUCUGAUCAGGUCGAGCCUCGAGACAGGCAUACCAAGGGACCAGCGGACGAUGGCGGAGGUGAGGAACCAGCAGCAGCAAUCGUCGUCGCAGGUGCAACAUCCAGAGACGAUGAGUAGUAAAACGCUGAUCGACCAGCUUUGCAGAAAUUCCAGAAGAACUCCGCUGCCGCGUAUGGCGCAAGAUAGCAGCGAGGACGAGAGUUAUCGAGGACCAGCGGGCAGGAUAGUGCCGGAAAGGCCGGAGCGCGUGCCUACGGUUGAUCUCAGCCCAUCGCCAUCGGAGAGGGGUCGCACGGAGGACGGCAGCGAUCGGCUCACGUCACCACCGACGCCUCUGUCGAUCUCCCGGGCGGGUAGCAGGGACGAGGAUAGCACCCGUGACUCGAGAAUCGAUCGCAGCAGCAGAGAGCGCGAAGUUCACAACGGCGGCCAGGAGGAUCGCGAUAGGAAGCAGCCUUUGAGCCUGCAACAGCAGCAGCAGCAGCAACCACAGCUGAACCAUUACCCGGACUUACACAACCUCUACGCCGUAUCAACUGACAAAAAAAGUGCCUGUGAUAGUAAGCUUAUAGUAGAUCAUUCGAGCCAGAAGACUCAGCCGCAGCAACAACAAAAGGAAUACGCUGCCGUGAGCGGGCUGGUCGUGCAACUGCAGAGGGGCUACAACACCGCGAGCAGCAGAUCCGGCGAGCCGACUAACAGCCAACAGCCGGCGGCGGAGCAACGUGGCCCCACGCUCAGCAUGGAGGACUCCGUAGAGCAGUAGACGAAAAGUUCGACGAUGCGACAAGCUCCCUUCUCUUUUUCCGAGCAAUUGCGACGACGAGGAUCGCGAUCCUUUGAAUUGAAAGAACGGUCCACAAAUCCAGGCAAAAGAUGCAAACGCAAAAUUGGAACGUAGGAUAAAGAAAGAGGAAAUUAAGAAGGAAGGAAGGGGGAUAUCGUUGCAGCGCGCGCCCGCUCUCGAUUCGAUUUCUCCGAUACCGAAAAGAUGUUUUUUCUUAAGCGCGAGACGCCCACUUUUUGAUACGAAUACAAAUUUUCUACCGCGUAGAGGAAAAAAAGAGAGAGAGAGAGAGAGAGAGAAAGAAAGGAAGAGGGGCUGCAGUUGCAGCCGCGCGAGCGGAAUUGUAUCGUUUCUUCGCGAGGGAAAAGACUCAAUUAUAAAACUUAGGAAUGCGUUUUAAUAUCCGAUCUUUUCGUUUUUUUUUCCUCAUCGACUCCCGCGAGCACACGACAUAUUCAUCGGGCAAUUCAGCAGACUUUUAUCGUGACGCGUCGGGAACCUCUUAGGAAAUAGCGCGUCUCGAUCGUCCGUCGCCGGUUAAUGAAAUAACGACGAUACGAUUAAUUAUCGAACGAAUGACGAAAAUUGACGAGUUGAUUCGAGCGGCCGCGCAUGUCUCUCCCAUUCGGUUUUUCUGCAGAUUCGCACGCGAUCGUGCACGUCCAAUUACGUUCACGAUUGUGAUAAGAGGGAAAGCACACUCGGGAAUACGAUAAAUUUUUUCCGGAUCGAUGAAAAUUUGGAGUCUCUGGAUGGAGUCUGAAUUUUUAUUGCGCGUAUAAUUGAUAGUUACGACGAGAGAAAAUGACUUGUACAAAUGUCGAUACGAUGACCUCAGUCAAAAUUCAUCGAAUUUUGUCUGACGUGAAAUUAAGAUAAUAAUUUGAUUAGGAUAGACACACCGUGUAUCUAAUUCAGACUUGAAAAUUUUUCCUAUUCCAGCUAUGUAUAUAUAUGUUGAAGAUAAUUAUUAUGUGAAAAUUUAUAGAGAUAACGAUAUUUUGAAUUUGCAUAUAUAUAUUUCUUGGGAUAUAAUCUUCAAAUUAAAUGGUAAAGGUUGAAAUUUUUGUAUUUCUCUGAUAAGUCGGCGAGAUGUGCACGAUCUCACACAGGGGUAUCUCGUACCUCUUCGGUUAUAAAAUUGCGUUUCACGAAUAGACGAUCCGCGGAUGGAAUCACUAUGAAAGGACGAUUUCGUCACUUCGUUAAUAUGGCAGGCAGGCCGUUGGACCAAAACGAAAUCGACGGAGACGAAAAAGCCGGAACAGGACGGAUCGGAGGCCAGUCGAACGCGAGAAAACGGCGACAGAAAAAAAAAGAGAAAAAGAUAUAAAUAAAACGGUGCUGUAGUGCGGGCCAGGAUUUCCUAUUUUUCUCGCAUAGUCGAGGCGAAAACGACGCGAACAAGUGCAUGUAAGAGAAGGGAAAAAAAGAAAGAUAUAAAAUAUAGAGCAGCAGAGCGCAAGAAACGAAAAAGGAUGAUCCACACGCACUCAUCUCAUGACUCUCUUUAAAAGUAAACGACUGAAAGACUCUAGGCUGUACAUAAAGUAUAAGGCAUGUAUGUUCGGUGUUUUAAAAAUGCAAAAAUUCCUUAUUAACGCAAAAAAAAUUAUACCUACGAAAAAAGUAAACCAUAUUAAGCAAGGCUACUCUCUCGGUGUUUUUUGGAACUAAACUUAAAAUUUACCCUAUUUAAAGCAAAAAAACCGUGAAUAAUGUAACUUUAAAGAAAGCGCGCGUAAACGCGAAAACAAGUUAUAUGAGUGUAAACGUUAAGGUCUCCUUAGGGUUAAAGAAAAAAAAAACACAAGAACAGCAACAAAGCGAAAUGCAAGCUAA